GGCGCCCGAUUGUCAUGUUGUCUACGCAUUCGGUAACGAGAUUGGUGCUCCAACCAUGGCAGCCUUUGGAAAACCGACGAGCGGAGGAAGUGCACCCCCCCGAGUCGCCGCGUUUGAUACAUACCGUCCCAAUCAACAACCCAAGUCGCAUAUGUUGUCGGACGCCGAACGAUCGUCCGCGAAGAGUGACGCCGAAGAGGUACAGUUACGACUGGUAGGAGUACUCUUGUUGUCUCACAAUAUGAGGAUCGCCACCCUUUUUGUGGUUUUUUAACGAACACCAACACGGCUCUCCGUACUCAAGCCUCUAUCGCUCAUUCUCUUCAGGUUGUGAGGUCGAUUCGUGACCUGGAAACCGCAUUGAAAAGCUUGAGUGGAAACUCUUUACGAAACCUAUUAUGUAGCGUCGACGGAUUAACUCACCUUGCACAUGAUCUAGCGCCACGGAAAAAUUAGGCUCGCGAAGAUCAAAGCGGAGUCGUCAAAAACGUGUGUCGUUUGUCAUAGGUAACUUGCUUGGAAGUAUAAUAUUGCGAAGACGUGCGGUGAAAUGCGCAAGGAACAUAGGACGUGCAUGGUGAACAUACUUGAUGAAU